ACACAGAACGAUCGCAAAGUGACAAGAUCUCCCCAUACUGCCAGACAACAUCCACAACGGUAUAAGACAACAAAAACCAAAGCAACAGCAGAAAUAAGACGAGGAACAGAAGGAAACGUCUGCGGCAGUUGAACCAGGGAUUGCCAUUGGAUCACUUUAUACCGGCACAUAGCGACUUGCUCUUGAGGAUAAUCAUAUGCGCAGACGCCGUUCUCUGGCCCAAAGUCGCGCGUGCAGAGUGGAGGUUGCGCUUGGAAGUGUACGAAACUUUUUUUAGUUUGUUUGUUUGUUCUGUUUUGCCUGUGACGUUUUGAAAUUUGAUUUAUUAAACGUCGACUUCACGUUAUACUGUGGCGAAAAAAGGAGGACCGUAGUGUGGACUUUCUCCCGUUUCUUUAUUUAUUAUUAUUUUAUUUGACUGCUAUUGUUAUUAUUUAUAUUAUUAUAUUUUCUGGAGGAGCGCUAUAACGUUAAAGAAGUUCAUUUUAGUGGAUUCGACGCAGGUGCUACGGUCCUGAAAGGCAGAAUGGAAUUGUUACUUUGACCCACGAUAUCACACGGUUCAUUCAUAUUCAUAUUCAUAUUCCGCUUUUUAUUGUUUUGAGAGCCAGAGACUUUUCAGUGACGCUCGCCGCAACACACCACUGGAAUUACAAUCAUGAACUUUGUUGUUUAUUCGGUACAAUUAUUGUUUGCGGCUCUUCUUCAUCUUUCUGCUGUCAAGGCUGCCCACAUACCCAAAGAAGGGGGGAAGAGCAAAAAUGAGGUGAUUCCCUUCAUGGAUGUGUAUAAAAAGAGUGCGUGUAAGACCCGAGAGAUGCUGGUAGACAUCAUUCGGGAGUAUCCUGACGAGAUCGAUCACACCUACAUCCCGUCCUGUGUGGUUCUCAUGCGCUGUGCAGGCUGCUGCAAUGACGAAGCACUCGAGUGUGUCCCUACAGAGACGCGCAACGUCACCAUGGAGGUACUGCGAGUCAAACAACGUGUAUCACAGCAUAAUUUUCAACUGAGUUUCACAGAACACACCAAGUGUGAAUGCAGGAAAAAAGAAGAAGUCAAAUCAAAGAAAGAAAACCACUGUGAGCCUUGCUCAGAGAGAAGAAAGCGCUUGUAUGUGCAGGACCCUCUCACCUGUAAAUGUUCCUGCAAAUUCACACAAUUGCAAUGCAAGGCCAGACAACUUGAGUUAAAUGAAAGAACUUGCAGAUGUGAAAAACCAAGAUGAUGAGCGGAGCACUGGGAAGAACAAUAAAUGAAGGAUAUUUCUAUUUUUAUGUUUAUGGCACAGCACUUUUGAACCUGAGGAUGCAUUCCCUGGAUGAACUGUUAACACUACCCUGAACAAAAGACAGAAAAUGAGAUGAGGGCAGGAGAUAUCAUCCCAAUGUCUAUUUUUAAGAUAAUU